GAGGGAGGUGGUGCAGGCGGGCCUUAAGAACUCCGCUCCAGAGUCGACUUUCGCCCCGCCCCGUUCUGUCAAGUUCGGUAGCUAGUAGUUAGUCAGGCUGGGAAGCUGUCAGUCAUGGCGCUGUCCUCGCGACUGUGGCAUCUUCUCCCUCUGCUACGCGGGGCGGAGCAGAGCGUGUGUCAGCUGGCGAGGACCUGGGGCAGCCGUGGGCGCUGUGGCACUUGGGGAUUCCGCGGUUCCGAGGUGACAGGAAACACAAGACCUUUCCAGAGAGGCCUUUUGUUCUCAGCCUUGUCUUAUUUGGGUUUUGAAACCUAUCAAGUCAUUUCUCAAGCUGCUGUGGUUCAUGCCACAGCCAAAGUUGAAGAAAUACUUGAGCAAGCAGACUACCUCUAUGAAAGUGGAGAAACAGAAAAGCUUUAUCAGCUGCUUACACAGUACAAGGAGAGUGACGAUGUAGAACUACUGUGGCGACUGGCACGAGCAUCACGUGACAUAGCACAGCUAUCUAAGACUUCAGAAGAAGAAAAGAAAGUGUUGGUGUAUGAAGCUCUAGAGUAUGCAAAAAGAGCACUAGAGAAAAAGGAGUCAAGCUUUGCUGCUCAUAAGUGGUAUGCAAUCUGCAUUAAUGAUGUUGGGGAUUAUGAAGGCAUCAAGGUUAAGAUUGCAAAUGCCUAUGUCAUCAAGGAGCACUUUGAGAAAGCAAUUGAACUGAACCCUAAAGAUGCUACUUCAAUUCACCUUAUGGGUAUUUGGUGCUAUACAUUUGCUGAAAUGCCUUGGUAUCAAAGAAGAAUUGCUGAAGUGCUGUUUGCAAAUCCUCCUAGUUCCACCUAUGAGGAGGCCUUGAUAUACUUUCACAGGGCAGAAGAGGUGGAUCCAAACUUCUACAGCAAAAACUUGCUGCUUUUAGGAAAGACAUACUUGAAGCUAAAAAACAGAAAGCUUGCCGCAUUCUGGCUGGUAAAAGCUAAGAGUUACCCAGCACACACAGAAGAAGAUAAACAGAUACAGACAGAAGCUGCUCAGUUGCUUACAGGUUUGUGACAAGAACUGAGAACAUUUUGGAGAAGGCAACAAUAUACCCAAUACUUUGUAUUUCACUGAUUUCUAAACAUGAUACAUUAACCAUCACAAUGAUUGUAUGGCCUUUUUCCCAGUUCUUGUAUGUGUGACUAUUUUUCAGAAUAAAUGUAAACUUUUCUGGGUUUCUUCACAAGUAAAUAAAAACUGCCACAUUGCCCUAAGAGUGGCAGCAAUACAUUCCUCUACUUCAGACAGACAUUUGGAAAAAAAAAAUGGUAUGGGAUAUGUAAAUAUUGGUCACUUCAGGAUGAAAUGUUUCAAAAGGCUUUGUGAGCAGGUGGCACCCGAGGAGAUGGUUUUCAUGUUGCAGUCUACUGAAGGUGCUCUCUUAGAGAAGCCAAGUGUUUAUGAUGUUGAGGGUUCUGGGCAUAAAGAACUUAAGUGAUGUGUAUAUUAGAGGCAACCUGAAUAAGGAAAAAAUCUGCAGAACAUCUUUUUUAAAUGUGGUAUAUCUCCACAGAUGGGUUGAAUUUGUCACUUGACAAAUUGUAAUCCUUUGUAGAAUGGAGGGACACAGAUUUCGGGGUGAAAGGAAAUAUUUACCAGGCAGAGUACAACUGUGAGUCUACUGUGCCACACUGUAAACUUACACUUUGCAACAACUAGAGCUGAAUGAAUAUGAGACUGUGUAUGGGUCUAUUUUCCCCAAGACAUGAGAAUCGUAAUGUUUUAAUAAAUUAUAGCAAAAUGUG